AUGCACCUGGACGCACGGCUACUGGCAGCAAUCUCGACGCUCUACAACAUCAAAGAGCCCACGGCACUGCAGCGGCGGCUAAUGCCACAUCUGAUGUCGCCGCGCAAUCAUGUGGUAGUGGUGGAGGCGACAGGCACGGGCAAGACAUUCACGAUGCUCUUGGCCAUGCUGUCGGCGACAGUGGCCGAAUACAAGGCAUUGGCGGGCGAGAAGAAGCCGCUGGAGUACUUGAAAAUGACCAGCCUGUUUGUGGUGCCGAACCGCGAGCUGGCGCUACAGAUUGAACAGUGGGCGAAGCAGAUUCUGAAGGAGGCGUAUCCGGAGCUGGGCGGCAUGGUGCAGAGCUUUGUCAGUGGCGAGCCGUACCAGGCGCAGCAAAUCAAAGUGCUGAAACGGCAUGGGCCGCCGGCGAUUGCCGUGGGCACGCCUAGAAGACUACUGGAGCUGCUCAGCGACGAUGGGAAGGCCACGGGAGCCAAGGAUUUCGUAGGGUUGCGGCGGCUGUACAUUGACGAGGUCGACAAUCUGGUCAAGAUCCCGGGCAAGCACGCGACCGAGAAGCAGCGCAAACUGCGUUUGACCAAGCCGCGACCAGGGCAGGUUCUGGUCGACACAGUCUUUGAGAUGUUUGGUCUGGCGGCGCUCGCCAGAGCACAGCAGCCCAAGCGCCUGGCGCCCACGCCCAGCAGACAGCACAAGAUAGGCUGGCACAAGGACGACAUGGCAGUGAGCAAGCAGUUUGGUGCGGCUAUGGGGGCGGUCGAGCGGGGCAUAGAGGCGGUGGAGAUUGACCGGGACAUGGGCAAGGGGAUCGUCGGCGCACGCACGCUGCAGGUGGUGGCAUCGUCGGCGACGGCAUCGCGGGCGCUGCGGUCAUGGAUGGGGCGGCGCGGAUGGGUCGGGCCGCAGCCCGUGUGGGUGACCAGCGAAGCGCAGCGCACGCCGCCACAGAUCAAGCACUUCUGCCUGGUGGUCGAGAACGAGCACAAGAUCCGCAACCUGCAGAUCAAGGACAAGUCGCCCGAGGCAGCACUGGCGCGGUACCGCGAGGCCCUGGACGCCAAGGCCGCGUGGGUGCCGGGCGCCACGCCCUGGGACUCUGGCGUUGAGGUGCGGUCUGAGCAGCAGCAGCAGACGGUCAUGGAGAUCAUGGCCGAGGCCGCCAGCAAUGUGAUCCGGGAAAUGCAGCCGGCGGGCACGGUGGUGAUAUUCACGCGCGCCGACGCCAGCACCGCACAGUUUGGCCAUGUCCUGGAAAGCUACGGCGUGCGGGCACGCGACAUUAUGAUGCGGUUCGGCGAUUCCGCAAUGUCGGGCGGCUCCGAGCCGGCGGUGUUUCUGGCCACCGAAGAGGCUGCGCGCGGCUUGGAUAUCCCCGACGCCAGCUUGGUGUUGAUCCUGGAUGUGCCCAAGACUGUCGGCAGCUACUUGCAUAUGGCCGGGCGGACCGGCAGGUGCGGGCGCGCGGGCAGCGUGGUGACGGUGGUGCCGGUGGGACGAUUGGGGUACUACGAGAGCAAGAUGCGCGGCAUCUACGGCGCUUUGGGGGUCCAGCCCUUGAGGGCUCCGUUUGUUGAAGACUGA